UUCCUCCGCCCGCCGACCACCCCCGCAACACCACAUAUCUGUCGAGUGCUCGUUCGUCAUAUAGAAGGUCUUGUCCCCAGCCUUUUCGCCCUUUCCUUGACGUUCUUGCGGAUAGUCUCCUCUCACUUUACCACCUCCGACAUCUACAUUGCGCUACCUGCAACACAACUCCCGAACAACAUCGACACCACCGCCCAGCAUGCCUCAAGCACAGCCGGAGCUCAAGAAAUAUUUGGAGAAGCGCGUCCUAGUGCAUCUCAAUGGAAGCCGGAAAGUGAUGGGAGUACUACGCGGGUACGAUGUUUACUUGAACAUCGUUCUCGAUGAAGCUCUUGAGGAGAAGGGUGGAGGCCAGCGCGAGCGCAUCGGCAUGGUGGUCAUUCGAGGAAACGCGGUGGUGUUGCUCGAGGCACUCGACCGCAUCAAUACCGACGAUCACAAGCGAGCAAGGGAUUGA